ACAGGUACGGCGUACUGUGGUGUGAUGAGAAGGAAGUAUUUUACCUUGGAAUGUGGCCGAAACCGCUUCAGUCUGGACCCGUUAGUCGAUGUUAUUUCGUCACGAGACAACACAAACGAAAACAGUUUCCCUCGUUUAUCUUUUUUUCUUCUUCUUCAAAACAAAACACUUUCCUCUAUAUUUGACCGAAUGACCACCCGGCGGGAACGUCGUCGUAAACAAAGGGCUUUUUCCAGAGUUUAGUUUAUCUAUCGCGUUAGCGACUGUGCUUUUUGGGUGUUUGUUUCUGUGUGAGCUGGACUGCGAGUUGUGGGAUUAAACACGGAGAAAAUGUCACUGAAGUUCCAGUUCAUUGCCAUUUUGUUGAGCGUAACAGGUUUCCUGGCAGCGUACGCACAAGAUUGCGGGAGACCGGCAAUCCAGACUAACAGAAUUGUGGGAGGAAUGGACGCCUCUGAUGGGGCGUGGCCAUGGCAGGUGUCUAUACAGAAAGAUGCUGUCCAUGUCUGUGGGGGCUCCAUUAUAACUGAGAACUGGAUCCUUUCAGCAGCUCACUGUUUCCCCAAUCCAUCUGAUUUGAGUUCAUACACCAUAUACGCCGGCUGGUACUACCUGAACAAUUUCAACCCGCACCAAUCGGCGCACCGUGUCAGCAAUGUGGUGAUCCCGUCGGGGUAUGUGGACCCUCACCGCGGUAAGGAUGUAGCCCUGGUGCGACUCUCCAGUCCCCUGACCUGGUCAGAUUGGAUCAGCCCUGUGUGCCUGCCUGGCUCUAGCAUGCAGUUUCCGGGUGGGAUGCGGUGCCAUGUGACUGGAUGGGGGCACAUCCGCAAUAAUAUUCCGCUGCCAGGAGCAGGGCCUCUGCAGGAGGUCCAGGUGCCAAUCAUCCCACAGGAUUCAUGUCGUGAGAUGUACUCAACAGAGCAGGUGGACAUCUUGUAUGACAUGAUCUGUGCCGGCUACCAGGAGGGCGGCAAGGACUCCUGCCAGGGCGACUCUGGAGGCCCCCUCGUAUGCCAGAUGGUAAAUGGGACAUGGGUGCAGGCAGGGGUAGUGAGUUUCGGGAUAGGCUGCGCUGAAACCAACCAGCCAGGUGUGUACGCUAGGCUCACCACCUACUCCAGUUUCAUCAGAGACAACAUACCCGAGGCGCAAAUAUACGGCCGAGCUCAUCGGCAACGCUUUGAGGAAGCUGCAACGGUGCUUCUCGGCUCGUUGUCGGCCAUGCUGGUCCUACAAUGGCUAUAAGUAAGCUUUGACCAAUAUUUUCAUGAAGGUAAAACCGGGCCAAAUGAAGAAAUUUGUUUUACUUGCAACAUGUUUGAACAUGAAUUGUAAUAUAAUUUUUAGCAUUUGAAAUUGCAAUUUAUUGCAUUUUAUUAUUUUUUAUAUCUUUUAAAUUGUAACUGUGACCUGUAUUCAUUUUGUUUGAAUAAAUGGGAUUCUUCUUUUUAAAAUGAGCGCUAUUGCUUGUGGGCCAUGUAUUGUCGUCUAAGGACUUACAAAUCUUUACAUGAAGUGCAAACUAACGGUGUGUAAGCGGUGCUUUUAAAAAAAAAAAAUUUGUUUUAGAAAACUCAAAAUUUUAAUCAUUCAUUAACAUUCACAAGCUGAGACAGUAGGUGAUUUUUUUUGUUAUUAGGUCUAGGAGACCAAUGUAAAAAUAAACUACUUGACAACACAAAUCACAGAACUACUUUUAAAUUAAUUCAUUCAAUCAUAAACUCCUGACAUUCAGUCAAGCACUGGCACUCAGUCAGGCAUCCGGUGGGAUGGAAUCAGAAAGGAUCAUGGGAGAGCCCAAUUGUAGCUCUUGCUGCAGCGAUUCCAGGUCGGCCGGAGUCAUUCGGUGAACCUCGCUCCAAUCAGAUAAGAGCGAGGCAGAGAGAGGAGCCGAGUCAUAACUGAUAGAGGGAACAAGAAAGAACAUUAGUGUGGAGUUCAACAGGAUCAUCCUAAAAUUGAACCUGAAAGGCCAAUAACCUGAAUUUUACUAAUGUUAAAAAAAAAGAGCUCACCUGUCUCGGUCACAGUGUUGCAGCUCUGUAAGUGAUUGCGUGAGAAGAUCGUCCAGGUCGAAGCCAACACCGUAGCCUGCCCCGCUGCCUUUCGGGGUAACUGAAAACACUGGGGGCAAUACGUCCUCAACCUGAGAUAAGGAAAAAGCAGCUAAUUAGGGAGUAAGUUCCAAACAUGUUACAGUACUGUACUGUUUACAGUACUUCUGUUUCCACCUUUUCCGGUAAUGUUGCGGAGUAUAAAAUGUAAAUAUUUCUAUUUAUUUUGGCAUUAACAUUGUAUUUCUUAAUUAUUUUGUUACUUUUUAGCCCUUAUUUAUUUAUUUUUUCCCCCAAAUUAAAACCUGAUCCUUUUCACCCGAUUCAAAUCGUCUGAAAAAUGGCCCGAUUUCUGAUCACGCAAUCAGAUCGGGGACAGUCCUUCACCCACUGACCUCAACCUCAAUAUUAGACUGAUUCUCCAAAUGUGUAAUGUUUAAUUAAUGGAGAUAUUUGCUGAGAUAUGAGUACGACAUGAUUUACAUUGAACCCAAGCGGUAUGGUUCCCUUAGGUGGGCCAUUAUGUCUGCAAACUAAGGCUGCCACCAUUGAAUGAGUAUCAAAUGAUUAAAAUGUUUUUGAUAGUUGACU